AUGCCACGACCAGAAGGCUACGCAUCCAUGCAAUUCGACCAAGUCGACAGCCCAGGAAAACAAGUCAUAGUCGAAUGUCGACACUGCAAGAACAAACGUCUUGCAAGAAGUGUGGCCAGCAGAAAAGUGAAGCAUUUGAAACAAUGCCCUGAGUUUCAUCGUUAUCUGGCCGAGCUUGCUGCGUCUAAUAACGAGGAGCUGAACGAUGUGCCUGAGGAAUUGUUGCAUGGGCCGCAGAGAAGGACCGCUAGUCGUGGAGGAGGGGAAAGUAUGGGUGGUGUAAGUGCAGGAGGAAGUGGUGGGUACAUGCAGCAGCAGCAGCAGCAGCAGCAGCAGCAGCAAACCCAAACGCCGAUUCGGAGACAGUUCGAUGUCUCGUUACCUACACUGCUGGAUGGACUAGGCAGCGCAAGACACGAUACCCUCUCCACACCCCUCGACAACCUCCACGAUACCAACGACGCCCUCGACGACACACCCAUGAACGACUUGACCCCCACCGAACCCACCACCGCCCCAUCAACCUCUCGCCCACGGCCCUCGACCCACACCGACUCCGUCCCCGAACGAGCAGUAGCAUUCGCCCACCGAGCAGCCCAACGACGAAAAGAAAAACUGGACAAUCUUCUCACGCGAGCGAUCUAUCAGGGAAGUCUACCGUUCAAUAUCAAUGAUGCGAGUAAGCAUCCUGCGAUGGCAGAGUUUUUCAGACUGGUGGAUUAUGUGCCGCCGAAUAGGCAUAAGAUUGCUGAUGAUGUUUAUGAUUGUACGCAUGAGCAGAGUGAUGAGAUUAUUGCUUAUACUUCCUGA